CUGGCCGGCCGUACGGAAGUGGUUUUGUCUCGGCUGUUACCCACAAUAGUGUGUAAGAAAUGAGAGCUGGUAAAUAUUUAAAAUACAGUUAGCUCUCCUUCUGGCCUUUUUAAUUUUCUUUAAAAAAUAUUUUAUUCGUCAUUUAUAAGUUUGGAAAUCGCCUGAACUAAACGAAGGAUAGCUGGCUAGCUGGUUAGCUAGCUUCCCCCAACGCAAGCAGCCAUGCCGUCUUACUCUGAAAUGAGAAAAACCAACCACUUCUACUACUUCAUCAAAUUUACCCUAAAUGUCUACUCCAUGCUCUUCUCGCUCAUGGGGCUUUGUGUGCUAUGUGUGGGGGUGUACGCCGAGGUGGAAAGGCAGAAGAAUCGAACCCUGGAGGGCCUUUUCCUGGCUCCCGCUGUGGUGCUCAUCCUGCUGGGUCUGGUGAUGUUUACUGUAUCGGUGGUGGGCAUGGUUGGAUCCUUGCGGGACAACAAGACCCUGCUGCACAUGUUCCUCUGUGUUCUCUGUGUGUUGCUGCUUCUCCAGGCGAUUGCACUCACCAUGGCUCUCAUCUUUGAGAAGAAGACGUCCGCCUUGUUUCAGAGCAGUAUACGAGAAGGGAUCAAACACUACUAUGACGAUCUGGACUUCAAAAACAUCCUGGACUACGUACAGCAAAAGUUUUCUUGUUGUGGAGGGGAUGAGUAUAAAGACUGGGGAGUCAACCAGUACCAUUUCUGUAAUGGUACUGGUCCACUAGCCUGUGGGGUUCCAUAUACCUGUUGCGUUCGCCGCAAGGUGGGGGAGGUCAUCAACACCCUAUGUGGCUACAAGACUCUGGAACAACAGCGUGAAACCCUGCAUGAGUUGAUCCAUGUGCGAGGCUGCAUCCAUGCAGUGAACCUCUGGAUGACUGACAACAUUGGAAUAACCAUCGCAUUCUGCUGUGCCAUCGGACUGCCGCAGCUGCUCGGCAUCAUCCUGAGCUGCGUCUUCUGGAACCUUCUGGUGGACAUGAGCGAGUCGGCCGACAUGGUGGACUUCAAGCUGAAGAAGUCUGAGUUCGAGUACAGCGAGCUGGACCUGGCCGGCGCCGGCUGGUGUAUGUGCCUGCCCAGGGACGGCGGGUACCUGCCCAUUCCCGCCGCCGAACCAGAACUGGACCCCAUUGACAUUCACCUGGAGAAGCUGAAGAAGCAGCCGCCUCGCACGCACUCUCAGCUCCGGGAACUGCAGCAGUCCAGAUCGGCCACCGGGCUGGACGAGGUGGACGUUGGCCGGAAGCAGAAAAGGGAACACUGAGUGGUCAUUUUACCCUUUCUUGCCUUUUGGGUUUUUGCCUCUUUUUUUUUUUAUUGUAAUCAUUGCAUUUGUUGGAGUUGUGUUGCACUACUUAAUGGUUGAACCUGUCAGUCCAAGUAAAUGAAGUCAGCUGAAGGGAUCAUGAGUACUUUGGCACUUUGUUUAGGAAUUUGUUUACAAAAAAUUUAGAAAAAUUUAAGGGAAAAACAUUUGGCAUUGGCUUUUUUUACGAAGUGUUUCUUUUGUCUUGUUUGUGAUGGUUGAUAUUGAAUCAUUUUUGGCAUUAUAUCACAUUUUAUUUAAUUUUUUUAGCCUUUGAAAUUGAGCUGUGUCUCAUGUGCUAAAGCUUACCUCAGGCUGUUUUGAAAAUAGCCCAGUAGUCAGAGGACAGUACUAUUUGUUGUAUAAACUAAUGGUAGCUCGAAAAGACGUUUUUCGGUGUCAGAGAAAUAGGAAUAGUAUGUCUUGCGUGUAGCGUCUGUGACGGAUGUAUACAGUUUGUGUAUAAUUUCUUUUUUUUUAUGGUUAUAAUUUGAUUUUGUGCAAUCGAUGUACAUUGUAAGACUGAUAGUUGUGGAAUAACAUGGGAUGCAUGUUUUGUACUGUAUAUGAAGUAAGAAAAAAAAAACCCUCAGUUUACAUGUUAGGCUGUUAUCGGGGGAGGGGGGCUUCAGUCUUUUCCAUUUUUAAACUAAACUUUUUAUUCCUUCCAUCUUUUAAAGUAACAACUAAAGGGAUUACCCCAGGCUACCGAUUCAGUGAAUACUACUCUAUGACGGUUUUUGUAUCUGAGUUAUGCACUGUUUGAGCUUCCCCCGAGCUCCUGCCUUGUAUCAGCACUACUGUUCUUGUCAAUAAAGCUGACUUUGUCUACUGA